UAACUCAUCACUUCAGAAGCCUAACGAAGCGUCGAGUGUACAUCAUCUCUCCUAUUUCCCAUCACACACUCCACACAUCCGUCGUCGUCCGCAUAUGAAGGCUGAUUGAUAGGUACCUGAGUAAUAAAUCGAGAUGACGGUCUCUGGUGAUGCCGACUCCGACCUGAUCUAGACCUCCUCCCAGGCGCUGGCGGCCAAGGAGACGGACCCAAGCGCAUGCCUGUUCUUUUGAUGACAGCCACGUUCAUCCCAAGAGAAUUGAAUGUUAUAGCCUUAUAGAUGUGGCCUCGAGCACACAUAUUCAAAGGAAAAUAAUGGCGCUCACACCCGUAUCACUUGGCAAAGCUGUUUUGGAGGGAACGGGACCAUGCUCCUUUGAGUUUGCAACUCAGCUUCGCAAGUGUAAGCUCCACAACGAGUUUCAGGAUGAGAAGUUACGAAUCUGUCGCCGGUUUUCUCAGGUCAGGCUCUUGCACGUGUGAAAAGGC